GGGCCUUGCAUACCGCUCUACCAUGCAAAGCCCGCAACAGAUUAAUCAUUUAAAAAUAUUGCGAGUAGACCUAACAAAGAAAACUUACUUAGUCUAGGGUUUUAAGAUUUUCACUAUAAAUAUUCUCACCCCACCCUCUAAACUAUUUUCUACCUACCCUAAAGUAGAAGAAAACCAUCAAAGCAAUACAAACUCUACACUUUAGAAGAUUGUUCUAUUUUUUUUACCACAAGAUCUCAAGGAACAAACAUCUGUUUCAUAAGUUUCAGCAAUGUACAGUGGAACUGUGAGAAGGGUAUCACCACUACAAGAUAUUAAACUGCUUGUACAGGUUACAGUUUCUCUGGAAAUGGAGGAUAACGAUUCGAGUAAAGAAUGUUUAUAUGCUAAUGGCUUAAGUGAAUUUGUUACUUGGCUAAAUGCUGAUAAGAGACCGCUUCAUGAUGUGCUGGGUUUCAGAAAAGAGAUUAAUGGUUCCACCAUAGACAUUGCACUUCAAUGGUGCGUAGAUGGAUAUUCAAACAAAAUUCUGGGAUAUGCCAAUGGCAUCCGCACCAUGGAUGGUGGAACACACAUAGAUGGUGUGAAAGCGUCAAUUACAAGAACUCUUAACAGCCUUGUGAAGAAGUCGAUGCUUGUUGAGGACAAGGAUAUUAUCUUGACUGAGGAGCAUGUUAUGGAAGGACUGACUUGCAUUGUCUCAGUCAUUGUUCCAAAACCUGAGUUUGAAGGUCAAACACAGACAAGAUUAGGAAAUCCAUAUGUCAGGGAAAUCGUUGACCAAUCAGUCCAGGAGUACUUAAUGGAGUAUUUUGUAUUGCAUCCAGAUGUAUUCGAGAGCGUUAUCUCCAAAUCCGUUAAUGCUUGCAAGACUACUUUGGCUGUCAAGAGGGCAAGGGAUGUGUAUAGAUCAGAAAGUGUAGCAAUGGUGUGCACCAUUGAGUCCAUUCCUAAGAAACUGACCAACUGCCCUCCUGAAACAUCUGAGAUUUGUAUAGGCAGAGGAGAUUCUUCUGGUGGUGCUGCAAAACACGAAUCUGACAGGUGUUUCAAGAACAAAAGGACACGGGAACAGCCUUGGAGUGAUGAUGCAGUCUCUACAGCUCCUGGAGAGUCUAUAGAGAAUACUAGUGAUUCAAGUUUUGAGAAGAAAAGCAAAAAACCGCAGUCCUUUGUUCCAUCCUCACAUCUCUGUUUUUCUUCACGACAACCUGCUGAUGAUUCAAACCCACCAAACCCUAAAAAUGUUAGCAACAAGACUCCCAAAGAUGUAACCCCCAGGUCCAACAAAACAAGGCCAGUUAUCCCGAUCGGUCCGGGGUUCCAAGCUGAAAUUCCGGUUUGGAUUGCCCCUACCAAGAAGGGCAAAUUUUACGGUAGUCCCGGAGAUUCCGAUACUCUAAGAUGGCUGGGAACUGGUGUUUGGCCAACAUAUAGCCUAAAGAAGACAGUUCACUACAAAAAAGUCGGCGAAGGAAGAUCCGACUCUUGUUCUUGUGCUUCUCCAAGGUCAAUUAAUUGCAUAAAACGACACACUAAAGAAGCACGAGUGCUUUUGGAAAAGGAAAUUAACCGCGCUUUCUAUACAUGGAAAUUUGAUGAAAUGGGUGAAGAAGUUGGGUCAAAGUCGUGGACGGCCAAAGAAGAACAAAGGUUCGAAGCUCUUGUAAAAAAGAAUCCUUUGUCAAGUAGUGAUGGAUUUUGGGAAUUUGCUUCCAAUGCCUUCCCAAGAAAAAGUGAGAAGGAUCUGCUCAGUUACUACUACAAUGUUUUCCUCAUCAAACGCAUGAGAUCGCGUGUUAAUUCUUCUGCUGCUAACCAUAUCGAUAGCGAUGAUGACCACUAUGACGAUUUCUUAGCAGGAUGAAGGCCUUGUUGAUAAUAGUAGGUCCGUAACCGUUGUGGAGUUUCUCGUGAUUUCAGGUAAUUCACUCUUCCGUUCUUCAUGUAACCCGCUUUACCGUGGUCUUGAUUCCAAGCGAUUCAAGAACUGGUUUCCCCUGAAGUUUGUCAUAGGAUCUUUUAGAAGAGAUCCUUAUAGGGCCAAAUGUGAGUUUGUCACGUAUCUUUUCUUGGUGAACCUUAAAGAUUUGUUUCACUCACGAAACAGGUCUUCAAUAUUUCGAAUCUGGAACCUUAUAUUCUUAGUUUUUCGUAUGAUAUAGGACUUAAAAGUCCCAAGAAGAACUACUUCUGGAGUUUAUUGAUAUAGGAUUAUUUAUUUAAUUCUUCUAAGGGCAUCAAAGAUUCUCUAGUGACAUUUUUCUAGUGUUUAGUCUUUUAUUUUUCAAAUUCAAAAAGAGAAUCUUUGGUGUCAAAAUGGGGUAUAGCCUGGCUUUGUUUUCGUUUUAUAUUAGAUUUUAAUCAAAUAUUUUAGUAGUUUAUAUAAA